AUGCCUAGAUACCCGCAACCAUCUCCCUUCGAGUUCAAUCCCGAAACUGUUCACCCCCACGAUAGCCGUGAUAUCCGUGAUUAUCCUUCAUUCAACGGCGACCGCGUGAAUGCGAAGGUGGCUAUCCCCCGGAAUGCACAAUCUAGUGGUUGGGCUAGCAGUGGUCGAGUCAGUCGAGCCUGUGAAAAUUGCCGUGAACAAAAGGCCAAAUGUAGUGGCCAUCGCCCAGCCUGUCAUCGGUGUCUGGAUGCCAGCGUCCUGUGCUCGUAUGGCGAUCGGAAAAGGGAGAAGAUGGUGAAGCGGCUGAAUGAUCUCACCACCCAGGUUGAAACAUUUGACGCUUUGUUUCGCGGCCUUUAUCCCAAGCUCGAUGCCUCUUUGGCCCAACAGGUCGAUCAAACGCUGAGGGAGCUCAAUGCACGUACUCCGCUCACCAAAGGCAUUCCCCCAACUCCUAUCCCUGCUUUAUUCACCAACCCCCCAGACCACAUCAACCCAUCAGUAAUCUCGUCCAGUGCAGAUGCUAGUCCUAUAUCUACUCCCUCGGGGGUGGUAGACUACACCGAAGAGGAUUUUGAUCGUGAUGAGAAAGUACAGGCGACAGGAUUUGUGGGUGAACAUUCGGAGAUGGCAUGGUUGUACAGACUCAAACGCGACCUUGAUUAUCACAGUUCGAAUGGAAUCAAAGAGACCCACGAACGCCCUUCAAUCUCCUCUGUGAACUACUUCCAAGAUGACUCGGAAAUCUUGUUUCUGGAAGACAUCGACCUCGCACGCCGGCCUCCACAGCAAAUUGCUAACAGGCUCGUUGACACCUACUUUCACGUCGUUCACCCUACUUUUCCGAUUAUUGGAAAGGCAAUAUUUCUGAACCAGUACCGAUCCUUCUAUGCGAAUCCGAACGUGCGACCUGGGAAACGAUGGAUUAUAGUGCUAAACCUAGUGUUUGCCAUUGCGGCCAGACAUUCCUUCCUCGUCGAUCAGCCCCAACCAAACUGCGACGACCAUCAGACUUAUUUUGCACGGGCGUGGAAACUGGAUGUAGGUAGUGUGUUGUUACAUCAUCCCGACUUACAGCAGGCACAGGUGGAGGGCUUGGCUGCUUUUUACCUCCUGUCGGUUGGCCAAGUGAACAGGUUGGUCAUUUCACUUUCCAUCCUUGUCUAUUACUGCGCGAUUCAUACCUAA